AUGAUGCGUAAUCUUUUUUCUAAUAAGCAUUUAAAAGGUAGAAAGUCCGACUCGAGUGUAACAGGGAGUAUCGAUGCGAGCGGUCGUGUCCACGAGUGCCUAACUAAAACACGCUCGCAUAGAAAACCCACUAGUCCCGCUGUAGUAACCUACCUACUCACCCGCGAUUGUAAAGUCGGGGCCAAGAGAGUUCACUGGCACCAGCGUCUAGGCGACACAAGUCAUUGUCGCGACCGGGGCUUUGUGUGUCUCAUUAUGUUUACUUUCAAAGUCAGAACAGUGCGGGCAAUACUAUGGUGUUGUUUCAUCGAACUAAUUUGGACUGUUCAGACAGAAGCAAAUGGGCCAGUGAUCAUUAACGCCGUUAACGCUGAACCAACUACAUCACAGGUUGGUCGUAAUAUAAGCGUGGUCGGCGACAAUUUCGUCCUGGAUGGCAAAGUGUUCCGAAUUACAUCUGGAUCUCUCCACUACUUCAGGCUCCCAUCAGCUUAUUGGAGGGACCGGUUGCGUAAGCUAAAAGCAGGGGGAUUAAAUACAGUAUCUACAUAUGUUGAAUGGAGUUAUCAUGAACCAGAAGAAGGGAAAUAUAUGUUUGAGGGAGAUCGAGACGUUGCUCGCUUCGUUCAAAUUGCGGCUGAAGAAGGUUUGUACGUGUUGUUGAGACCUGGACCAUACAUAUGUGCCGAAAGGGAUUUGGGCGGUUUGCCUUAUUGGCUUCUCGGCAAAUACCCGAAUAUUAAACUACGCACUACUGACAAAGAUUUUAUUACUGAAAGCGAAUCAUGGAUGGCAAAAUUAUUCACCCAUUUAAGCCCGCUAUUACUUGGGAAUGGUGGUCCGAUUAUUUUAGUUCAGGUUGAAAAUGAAUACGGCAGUUACGGUAGCGACAAGAAUUAUAUGGGGGCCGUCCGUGACAUAUUGCUGAAGCAUGUUGGUGAUAAGGCAUUGCUAUACACAACGGACGGAACGGACCCGCGGAUGUUUUUAAGCGGAUCGAUAGAUGGCGCUGUUGCAACUAUAGACUUUGGUAGUUCUACUAAUGUUCCAAAUAUAAUCAGAAAGUUCCGUCGCUAUUUUGCGAAUGGACCUCUUAUGAACUCCGAGUUUUACACUGGUUGGCUUACACAUUGGAAUGAAUCUCUACAACAAACCUCAGGCCGCAACAUGGUCAGCACUCUCCGUAGCAUGCUCGACAACAAUUUCAACGUUAACUUCUACAUGUAUUUUGGUGGUUCAAACUUCGAAUUCAGCGCCGGCGCAAACUACGAUUCUUCCUAUUUGCCUGAUAUAACAUCAUAUGACUACGACGCACCGUUAAGUGAAGCUGGUGAUCCAACGGAAAAGUAUUACCUUAUAAGAGACGUUUUAUCUAAGUACUAUCCCGAAGUGAAAAAAUUAUCAGCACCAGUUCCAACCAAGAAAGCAGGCUACGGAGAAGUCACUUUGCAUGCAAGGGGAAGUAUAUUAAGUUCAAAAGGCCGUCAUCACUUGGGGAAAAAAUACGAAGACGUAACAGGCUCCAAACUUCCGACAUUUGAAUCAUUAAGACAACGAGCUGGUUUACUACUGUACGAGACUAAUGUUAAUGACACAGAGGGCGAACUGAAAAUAACAAAACCUAGAGACACCGUAUAUGCAUUCGUAGACGGAAAUUUGCAAGGAAUCUUAUAUAGGAAUUGUAAACAAACCACUUUAAACCUCAAAACUAAUCUUGGAUCCACCCUUUCGUUAUUGGUAGAGAGCCAAGGACAUAUUAAUUAUGGAUACUACAUUCACGACUAUAAAGGCAUAUUGAGCACAGUAAUGUAUAACAAUAAGGUACUAAACGGAAAAUGGUCCGUAACUGGCUAUCCUUUAGUUUUCAACAGCAUUGAACAAACUCUAGAUGACGAAAAAGCUCUCAAACGUGGUCCUGUUAUUUUCAAAGGCGCAUUUACGAUCCCUACUGUUGGGGCCACGUUGGACACCUACCUGGAUACUACUGGUUGGGGCAAGGGCUACGUAUGGAUUAACGGACAUAAUCUGGGCCGGUACUGGCCUGGCGUAGGACCUCAAGUUACUCUUUACGUGCCAGAACCUAAAAACUUUAACAUGAGUAACAAAGAGCUGACAAGUGAGUUGGGGCCACCAUGCAGUUUAGUGCUCGCCGAUGGGUCAGUGUACCAAGGCCAGAGCUUCGGAGCCCAAGCCCCAAUGGACGGUGAAGUUGUAUUUCAGACUGGUAUGGUAGGAUACCCAGAGUCAUUGACAGAUCCGUCUUACCACGCCCAAUUACUUGUGCUUACUUAUCCUUUGAUCGGUAAUUAUGGAGUGCCUGAUGAACAGGAACGAGAUGAAUACGGCAUACCCAGAUGGUUUGAGUCAGAACGUAUUUGGGCGGCUGGCCUGAUAGUCGGUGAAGUGAGUAGUCACGCAUGCCACUGGCGGGCUCAACGCUCUUUAGGUGCGUGGUUGAAGGCACGUGGAGUGCCCGGAAUUAGUGGAGUAGACACACGUGCCUUAACUCAUCGCUUACGAGAAGGAAUUAUGUUGGGACGCAUUAUACAAGGAGUGCAACCAUUCUCACCGCUACCACCUUUGUCAGACCCAAACGAAAGGAACUUGGUAGCAGAAGUUUCUACAAAGGAACUUAAAAUCUUCAAUCCAAAUGGUGAAAUCACAAUAAUGGCCGUUGAUUGUGGCUUAAAAUAUAAUCAAAUACGAUGUUUAAUAAAAAGAAAUGCAAAAGUAAUGUUGGUACCUUGGGACCAUGACUUAGACCCAAGAGAUUUUGACGGAUUGUUUAUUAGCAAUGGCCCAGGUGAUCCCGAAAAGUGUAAAAUACUCGUGAACAAUUUAAAGAAAGUUAUUGAAGAUAUAAACAAUGAAAAACCAAUAUUUGGAAUUUGUCUCGGUCAUCAAUUACUAGCAACUGCUGCUGGUUGUAAAACUUACAAAACAAGAUACGUACGUCCAUCAUACGUUCUCAGUGGUGCUGCCAUGAACGUAGCACAUUCGAAUCAAGAUUUGGAGAUAUAUUUAAAGUCGGCCAGUAAACACAAGAUGGAAUUACUUCCGAGCAUUAGGAUUUUGCACAAAAUGGGCUAUAAAUUAUAUGCAAGCAUGGGAACUGGUGAUUUCUAUACUGAACAUGGCGUGGAGGUGGAAAGUGUUCAAUGGACGUUUGACCACAUUGGGGAUCCGGAAGAUGCCCGGUCUGAUGGUGAAUUGAUGCAUUUGGCAGACUUUAUGGCGAGAAGACAAUUAGAUCUUGUUAUUAAUCUGCCAAUGAGAGGAGGAGCUCGUCGGGUGUCUUCUUUUAGCACACACGGAUACCGUACACGGCGGCUAGCGGUUGACUACGCAGUGCCGUUAGUGACAGACGUUAAAUGCGCAAAACUUCUUGUUCAGGCUAUGUUACAAUGCGGUGGUGCACCUCUAAUGAAGACUCAUACGGACUGCAUGACUUCACGUAACAUUAUUAAGCUGCCUGGAUUUAUAGACGUUCAUGUUCAUGCCCGUGAACCUGGAGCUGCAUAUAAAGAAGAUUUCGCGUCCUGUACAGCUGCUGCGCUUGCGGGUGGUAUCACUAUGAUAUGUGCCAUGCCUAACACUAAUCCACCUUUAAUCGACCGCACGGCAUAUGAUUAUGUGUCCGCUCUAGCGCGAAGAUUAGGAGGCUCUGUAAUUCACACGGACGCAACGAGUUCAUCGGCCAAAAAAGGAGAAACUUUAGAAGAUAGUGUUGCUAUUAUGGCCAGUUACUCUGAUAUAGUUGUUUUAAGGCAUCCAGAGCCCGGAGCAGUUUCACGAGCAUCACGUCACUGUCGAAAACCAAUCAUUAAUGCCGGAGAUGGAGUUGGGGAGCACCCAACACAAGCCUUACUAGAUGUUUUUACGAUAAGAGAGGAAAUCGGUACUGUUAAUGGUCUUACAAUAACGAUGGUUGGUGACCUUAAGAAUGGGCGCACGGUACAUUCGUUAGCACGAUUACUCACUUUGUACCAAGUUCAGUUACAAUAUGUUAGUCCGCCUGGGCUUGGAAUGCCUAAACAUAUUAUGGAGUAUGUAUCAUAUAAAGGUGUACCACAAAAAGUAUUUGAAAGAUUGGAGGAUGUUUUGGGUGAUACUCAUGUUUUAUACAUGACUAGAAUCCAGUGUGAAAGAUUUGAUAGUCAAGAGGAAUAUGAAAAGAUGCGUGGAUUGCUAGUGGUGACACCACAACUUAUGACCCGCGCACGACGUCGCAUGAUUGUGAUGCAUCCUUUACCUAGAGUUGAUGAAAUAUCUCCAGAAUUCGAUUCUGAUCCACGUGCUGCUUACUUCCGCCAAGCUGAAUAUGGCAUGUAUGUGCGAAUGGCACUUCUGGCAAUGGUCGGCGGAGUAAAUCCACUUAUU